CUAUUGGGCUUAGUUGUGUAAAAACAAGUUGUCUUUGUCCACACCUGUUGACAGAGAGAAGGAUUCAGUUGUUUCAUCAAUGCUAUUACUUUGUUGCCUUCUCCAGAUGGCAGACCAGUCAUGCAAAGAUCUGGUAAAGGAGGCAGCAAAGAUCAUCUACAUUGUCCAUGAUGAAGUCAAAGACAAAGCCUUUGAGUUGGAGCUGAGCUGGGUUGGGGAUGUAACCAAUGGAAGGCAUGAGAUGGUACCAAAGGACAUUGUGGUAGAAGCAGAGAAAUUUGCAAAGGAGUCUAUGGAGGAGAGUGAUGAUUCUGAUGAAGAGGAUCUGUGAGGUGUCAGGCACAAAGACAUGAUGACAUGGAUGUCAAUAAACUUAGUAAUGAGCACCACAUAGUGUAGGAAAUUGGCUCUCGCUAGUACAUGUACCUGAAAAUAACCUCUGUAAAUAUUCUGGUGUUUUGUUAAGGUUUAGGUAAAAGUGGAGCCUUUAUAAACACCCGUGAUACACAAGUACUGUCCUUUUCAAUUAAGAUGUCCAUAACAUUGUCCAAGAGUUGGUAUCCAGGCAAAACCAAGCCAAUAGUCCUGACUUGUAAUGAAGCUGUCCGUUUUGCAUUAUUGAUACCUGUAAUUCAUCUCGAAGAAUUAUUACUUUUUUUAAAGGCCAAGUUAUUAUUCUACACUACUUCCAUGCCAGACAUGACAUGUCCUACUUUGACAUACUCUACAUAGUGGCAUCCACUGGCAGCUCAGAAGCCUUUGAUACUGCGAGAGCAACAGCCUUUGUGAUGACUGACUCACCACUGUGUGUUGCAUAGGGAACCUUUAUUGCAGGAUAGUCUCUUACCAUGACUCUCGCCCUCGUCUAUGCUUGACCUUUUGAAUUAAAUAUGAUGUCCCCU